ACGAUAUAACUUCUGAUAAGUUUAUAAGUUUUAUUAUUCGGUAUCAAAUCUCAAUUUUGAUAAGAAACCAUAAAAGAUGAAAAGGGUUUCUCGAAAUUCUCAUAGGCAAUAUAACAGUUAAUCUGUUGAUGAAGAAGCCAGGGCUAGAAGAAAGCAUCAAAACCUACUGCAUGAGUUCUUGGAAUUGCAGAAGGAAUUUGUUUCGAUGAAGAACAAAUUGGAGACGGUUAACCAGAUGCAAGGAACCCUUUUGAAUGAAGUUCGAUUCUUGAGACAGAGGUACAACUAUUUAUCAAUGAUCAAGUCUCAAGAAUAUGAACUACAAGAAGAUUCUGUUCAAUCACAAAAUCCCUACCUGCAAAGCAAAAUGGCUAAGAAGCAUGGUGUCAAUGAAUCUAUUGAGAGGAGACUGAGAUCUCUUCCUGAUUCACAUCCAAAUGCGGUUCAUGAGGAAGAGAGCGGGAGAAGUCAUGUAGAUGUUCAGGCGGCGUCGGGAAAAUGGAAGAAGCCAAAAAUGCGUUUGAUCAAUGGCAAAAGAGUUGGGAAGAGGAAAAUCUCAUGGCAAGAUCAGGUGGCUUUGAAGGUCGUCUAAAUGUGAUAAUAUAAUAAGUAUUGUUUGCACUCGCAGGUUAGCAGGAUUAACUGUCUCCCUGCUAAAACUUUUGAUUGUUAUUGAUACAGAUUAGUACUAUCAUUGUCUUACCCUUACUUCUUCAAAACUGUAAAUCAGGGAAAUUUUGCUCAGUU